AUGAGCUCACCACCAGUCGUUCUCGCUGAUGGCAAUGAUCCACCUCCCCCCGAUGCGGUCGAUACGAGCUCGGCGGCAGCAGCAGCCUCGGUGGUGCCUCAGCCGUCCGGCGUGCGAUGGAAAGGGUUCGUCGCAGGGAUCAUGUCUGGCUUGACAAAGUUGACCAUCGGACGUGAGUCGCAGACUUCCAAUUUUUUAUUUGUGAUCGAUCGAGUCUGACCCUUUCGCUUGUGUGGGUUGCUACAGAUCCAUUCGACUCGAUCAAGGUCCGGAGUAGGUCACGUCUGCGAGCUCCACCUCCACUGAACCUCUUCGGGGUCUGAUUUCCUCGUCUGCCCCUCCCCCCCUCAGUGCAAUGUUCCGAAUUGGGUACCUACAAAGGUCCACUCGACUGUCUCCAGCGAACAGUCAAGUACGAAGGCUUGCGAGCGCUUUACAAAGGUGCGCUUCAAUCGAGGCCCAACUCGACCUCGAGCGAUGGAUGACUCCACCCAUCGGAUGAGCUCCCAAUCACUCGGCGAUCGCCUUGAUGCCGACCCAAGCUGACCCCCUCGAUCUCCUCCUCUUCUUUUCUGGGAUCAGGCGCAACACCACCCGCGUUUGGAUGGGCAGCUUCCGAUGCAAUCCUACUUGGGUCGUUGCAUAGUCAGUACAGUUAAACUUCAAAGCCAGACGAGGCCUCAUCCGACCGACCACGGGCUAAUCACACUUUUCUCCCUAUCCUCCGAAACCGAUAUGACCUGACUCACGACUCGGCAGACUAUCGAUUGAUGUUUGCACGUAUUGAAGGGAGGAAUCGAGGAGAAGAUGUGUCUGUCGUAUCAGAGAUUGGCCGACUGAGUCUAGGAGGUCAUGCUGUAGGUCCAACUUGGUCUCCCGAGGCCUAGAAAGAGCUUUGGGGCUGACCAUGUUGCACACACAGGCUGCGGGAGCGAUGGCUGGAUGGACCGUAUGCACAUUCAUCAUCCCCUUUGAACAUCUCAAAGCCAAAUUACAGAUGCAGACCGUAGGGCCGAAGCUGGUACGUUCUCUGUUCGGCAAGCUCGGCGCAGACUCUUGCUUUUGCUAACCGGUUCCGACUCGAACGCGAUACAGUACACCGGACCGAUCGAUUGCGCAAAGCAAAUAGUCAGAGCCAACGGUGUCACCGGUCUAUGGCGCGGGUUUGGUGGAACAUUACUCUUCCGUUCGUGGAUGGGAGCAUUGCAGGUCUCCUCGACUCUUUUUCCUUUUUCGUUCGACCCCUGCGAGCUGAUUUCUCAACCCUCUCUUUAGGUUCUGCUCGUACGAAAUCCUGAUGCGCAAGUUCCGAGACGUACCCAUCGAUUCACCCUAUCGAGUCUCGGAAGGGACGGCGAAUUUCCUCGCGGGUGGACUUAGCUCGAACGUCUUCUGGAUCGGGGCGUUCCCUUUUGAUGCGGUCAAGAAGUAGGUUCAAGGGAUAGGAUCGAGAUCUCUGGUCAUGGCAGGGUGUAUCGAAUGGGCGAUUGACGCGGUUCGUCUUGCGUGUGUCCGCGCAGCCGCUUGAUGACGGAUUCGCCUACCAACCCAAGGUACCCGAGCUGGAUGGCCGCCGCUCGACAGAUCUGGGCCGAAGGAGGCGUCAGGGUACGUCAAUUGACCGCCAGGUCCACUGCCUGCUUAACAUGCUAAAAGUAUUGUUUCACUCAUCAGGCCGUUUAUCGAGGUUUCGUCCCGUGCCUGUUGCGCGCUUUCCCUACGGUAAGUCCUCGUUUGUAUCUUCGGGUCGGUCGUUUCCAACCUGUUUGACUAAAGUCUUCCUAUGCUGCUGCUCCUCCAGAACGCCUCGGCCCUCUUCGUCUGGGAAACCUCGAUGCGUUUGAUGGGCGCCGAGCAACUCAAAAAAUAG